CACUCAUGGUAAUUAAUUUGUUAUACAGAAAGGACACGUAGAAAAGGAGCACCACCGCCUUUGCCGCCGCGACGGUCUGGGCCGCGGUGGCCCAGGGACUUUGAAUAUGUGGGGGAUUGCCCUCAGCCGACUUGCCCAGGAAAGGAAAGCUUGGAGGAAGGACCACCCUUUUGGCUUUGUGGCUGUCCCAACAAAAAACCCCGAUGGCAUGAUGAACCUGAUGAAUUGGGAGUGCGCUAUCCCUGGAAAGAAGGGUCCAUGGAAAGGAGGAUUGUUCAAACUACAGAUGCUUUUCAAAGAUGACUAUCUGUCCUCACCACCAAAAUGUAAAUUUGAGCCACCACUGUUUCACCCAAAUGUGUAUCCUUCUGGCACAGUGUGCCUGUCCAUCCUGGAGGAAGACAAGGACUGGAGGCCAGCUAUCACUAUCAAACAGAUCUUAUUAGGAAUACAAGAACUUCUAAAUGAGCCAAAUAUUCAAGACCCAGCUCAAACAGAGGCCUACACAAUUUACUGCCAAAACAGAGUGGAAUAUGAGAAAAGGGUUCGAGCACGAGUGAAGAAGUUUGCCCUCAUAAGCAGCGGCACUAUGGCUCUAUGA